GAUAAAGCAGAUAUCAGCAGUGAUACAAUAUGAGGCUGGCAGUGGUGCUUUUGUGUCUGGCGUGGAUGUCCUCGUGUGAAAGCAAGACACUGGGACGCUGUGAUGUUUACAAGAUCUUCAAGAAUGAAGGGCUUGAUGGAUUUGAGGGAUUCUCCAUUGGCAACUAUGUGUGCACUGCCUACUGGGAAAGCAGGUUUAAGACCCACCGAGUGCGUUCAGCUGAUACGGGGAAGGACUACGGGAUCUUCCAGAUUAACAGCUUCAAGUGGUGUGAUGACGGGACCCCUGGUGGGAAGAAUUUGUGCAAAGUGGCCUGUUCAGACUUGCUUAACGAUGACCUGAAAGCUUCAGUUGAGUGUGCAAAGCUGAUUGUGAAAAUGGACGGGCUGAAAUCAUGGGAAACCUGGGAUUCUUACUGUAACGGUCGUAAGAUGUCCCGCUGGGUAAAAGGCUGUGAGCAGCGCAAACAAAGCCUCCGAGCCUGAUUACCUACAGUCAUUAUGUGCUAAUGCAUGUAAAACAUUUUAAACAGGCAUCGUCAUCAUUAAUGUUUGAGAUGAAUAUUAAAGCAUCUUCCUAAAUUGUA